AUGAAAUAUGAGAAUAGAGCCCAGACUAAACAACAAGAAUUGCUUGUCAUUGCCAUUGCUGCCAAUGAUACAUACAGCCCUAACCUUACCCUCGAGCGAACAGAUGACCACCAAUCUUGUACAAAGGUUUUUGAUAUGGACAAAAACGGCUCACUCAAGGUCAUGGGUUGGACCUUCGUAACUAAACUUUACUCUGCACCUUUUAUGAGCUCGUCAUAG